AUGCAUCCUCAAGUGGUCAUCUUAAGCCUCAUCCUACAUCUGGCAGAUUCUGUAGCUGGGUCUGUAAAUGUUGUUGGAGUGGCAGGUCUACCUAUCACACUGCCCUGCCGCUACAACGGAGCUGUCACAUCCAUGUGCUGGAAUAGAGGCACAUGUUCUGUUUUCUCAUGCCCAGAUGGCAUUGUUUGGACCAAUGGAACCCACGUCACCUAUCAGAAGGAGACGCGCUAUAAGCUAUUGAGGAACCUUUCACGCAGGGAUGUCUCUUUGACUAUAGAAAAUACAGCUGUGUCUGACAGUGGCACAUAUUGUUGCCGUGUUCAGCACAGAGGGUGGUUCAAUGACAUGAAAAUCACCAUAUCAUUGAAGAUUGUGCCACCCAGGGUCACGACUACUCCAAUUGUCACAACUAUUCGAACAAGCACCACUGUUCCAACGACAACGACCCUUCCAACAACAACUCUUCCAAGGACAACGACCCUUCCAACGACAACGACUCUUCCAACGACAACGACCCUUCCAACGACAACAACUCUUCCAACGACAACGAUCCUUCCAACGACAACAACUCUUCCAACGACAACGACCCUUCCAACGACAACGGCUCUUCCAAUGACAACGACGGUCACUACCUUUGUUCCUCCAACGCCAUUGUCCAUGCAGAACCAUGAACCAGUAGCCACUUCACCAUCUUCAUCUCAGCCAGCAGAAACCCACCCUAUGACACCGCUGGGAGCAACAAGGACACAACCCACCAGCUCACCAUUGAACUCUUACACAACAGAUGGGAGUGACACCGUGACAGAGUCUUCAGAUGGCCUUUGGAAUAACAAUCAAACUCAAUUGUCCCCAGAACAUAAUCCACAGAUGGUCACCACCACUGAAGGAAUCUAUGCUGGAGUCUGUAUUUCUGUCUUGGUGCUUCUUGCUGUUUUGGGUGUCGUCAUUGCCAAAAUGUUUCAUUUAGCAGCCAUCAAAUUAAAACUUUGCAAAAUGCAGUUAAAAAGGAAGUCCAAGCAGAAGACAAUAUCUACAUUGAGAAUAAUCUUUAUGCCAUGAACCAAGACCCAGUGGUGCUCUUUGAGAGUUUACGCCCAUGACUGCAGAAGACAACAUAUCGGACGUCUUUUAGACUCCAAGACAAUUUUUCUGUUUCAGUUUCAUCUGGCAUUCCAACAUGUCAGUGACACUGGGUAG